AUGUAUUUUUCUGCCAAAAUGCAAAGAGAUUUUGCUUUAAAUUUAUUAUCUCCAAUUUUAAAAGAAUCUAAUAUUACAAAUAAAUUAAAAAUAAUUGCACAUGAUGACCAAAGAAGCGGAGUAUAUAAAACUGCUAAAAAAAUUUAUGAAGACCCUCAAAAAUCUGCAGCAAUUGAUGGAUUAGGUACUCAUUGGUAUUCCCAUACAGAUUAUGGAGUUCUCAGUCAAGCACACAAUAUUCAACCAGAUAAAUUUAUUUUGGCAACAGAAGCUUGUAAUGCCUAUUUACCAUGGGAACACAAACCUUUACUUGGUGCUUGGUUUAGAGGACAAGCAUAUGGACAUGAUAUUUUAAAUAAUUUAAAAAAUUGGGUUAUUGGAUGGAUUGAUUGGAAUUUGUGUCUUGAUCUUCAAGGAGGCCCUAAUUGGGUUAGAAAUUUUGUUGAUGCACCUAUUAUAGUAAAUGCUUUUGCUGAUGAAUUUUAUAAACAACCAACAUUUUAUUUUUUGGCUCAUUUUAGUAAUUUUAUACCUCGAGAUUCAGUAGUAAUUUCUUCAACCCUUUCCACAACAAUUUGUGAAGAAAAAGACAAAUUAAUAUCUUUAAAAUGUAUUUUUAAUUCAAUUGAUAAUUUAUUUGGAAUUGAAAAAGAAAUUGAGCAUGUUGCUUUUAUUACUCCAAAUGGUAAUCGAAUUCUUGUAUUACUCAAUUCAAAUCAAGUAAAUUUAAAUGUUACUGUUAAAGAAGGUAAUCGAAGUUGGAAUAUUCCAAUGACUCCAUUUUCAAUAGUAACGGCUAUUUGGAAAGGAGAAAGCUUUUGA